AUGGCUCGGUAUCUCAGCUUGCGAGGAGAAAGGCUGGCAGCAGCUCGCAUCGUGCUGGUCGUCCUGCCUGCAUUCCUGCUGUUUGGCUACAACCAGUCCUCUCUCGGGGGAGUGCUCGCCUUUGCCUCGUUCACCAAGACCUUCCCCCAGAUUGACACUACGAAUACCAAAGGCGCUACCAAAGCGCAUAACGCAACUGUCCAAGGUACGGUCGUCGCCAUAUACACCCUUGGCUGUCUCUUUGGUGCGCUCUCAUGCACCGCCAUCGGCAACCGCGUUGGCAGGAGAAAGACUCUCGUAAUCAGCGCCCUGACUGCCAGUAUCGGUUUAAUACUGCAGGCAUCGUCGUAUGGACUGCCUCAGAUGAUCGUCGGCCGGCUCGUCUCCGGCUUUGGCGUAGGCAGCGUCAACACGAUCGUCCCGGUCUGGCAGUCAGAGACCUCCCAGCCCAAGAGUCGGGGUAAGCACGUCGUCGUGCUGGGUUCGUUCAUCGCGACGGGCAUCGCUGCGGCGGCGUGGGUCAACUAUGGCCUGUCUUUCGUCCAGGACAGCUCCGUCAGCUGGCGCUUGCCCCUGGCCAUUCCACUCAUUUUCACUGCUAUCUUGAUGGCUUCCGCAUUCUGCUUCCCGGAGUCGCCCCGAUGGCUCGUUCAGAAGCAGCGGAUGGAGGAGGCUAGAGAGGUGUUAUCGAUCCUCCAAGAUCGCCCAGCUGAUGAUGAUACCCUCACGCAAGAGCUGGACACGAUCAGACAGGCCUGCGAAGCCGAGAAACAGCACGACGCCGGCUUCCAGUUGCUUUUCACGAUAGGCCACCAGCGUCUCUUCUACCGGACCGUGCUGGCCUUUCUGGUCAAUUUCAACGCGCAGAUGACCGGCGCCAACGUCAUCUCGUACUACGCGACCACCAUCUUCAGCGAGUCGCUCGGCUUUCGAGGCCACAGCGCCUCGCUGCUUGCUGCGGGGGUGCUGACCUGGAAGAUCGUCACGGCCUCGUUUGCGUUCCUGACCGUCGACCGCUUCGGCCGCAAGCCGCUGUUCAUGGUGUCUGGAUUCGGCAUGAGCGUGUCCAUGAUCUGUCUCGCGAUCACCGUGUCGCACAUCUCGUCCCCUGCGGCAGGGAGGGCUGCGGUGUUCUUCCUCUUCCUGUACAUGAGCUUCUUCCCGCUGGGGUUUCUGGGUGCGAAUUUCCUGUACUCUGCGGAGAUUUCUCCACAGCAUUUGCGGGUGCAUCUCGCUGCUGUCGGGACUGCUACACAUUGGCUUUUCAACUUCGUCAUCGCGGAGAUCACGCCCAUCUGCUUCAACAACAUCGGUUAUCGGACGUACAUCAUCUAUGCCGUGACGGGGGCAUUUGUCCUGCCUACAGUGUACUUUCUCUUCCCGGAGACGAGCGGCAGGUCGCUCGAGGAGAUUAGCUGGAUAUUUGAGCGGCCGCGACAUUGGUGGCUGGUGCCCAGGGCUGCAGCUGCAGCGGGCCUUCAGCAGCUUACGCCCUUGCGGGAGGCCGAAGAUGACGAUCUGAAGGCAGAAGCUAUACACGUUCCGUAA